AUGUCGUUCAGGGGCAUGCUCCGGGAGAUGAAGGGCGAGGUGGGCGCCAUCUCCCGGCGCGGCCUGCUCCGGUCCAGGACGCCGUCGGUCCGGCGAGUGGCGGCGGUGGCGCCGGAGGAGGCGGCGCGGCAGGGCUGCUGCUGGGCGGAGCUGCCGCCGGAGCUCCUGCGGGAGGUGCUGGCGAGGGUUGAGGAGGCGGAGCCGCGGUGGCCGCGCCGCCGGGACGUGGUGGCGUGCGCCGGGGUCUGCCGGACCUGGAGGGGCGUCGUGAAGGAGAUCGUGCGCGUCCCGGAGGAGUCAGGGAAGCUCACCUUCCCCAUCUCUGUCAAGCAGCCUGGCCUAAGGGAUGCUCCUAUGAAAUGUUUCAUUCGGAGGAACCGGACUACUCAGACAUAUUACCUGUACAUUGGGCUGACUGAAGCACUUACUGAUGACGGGAAGUUCCUACUCGCUGCACACAAAGUCCAUAGGCCUACAUGUACCGAAUAUCUGAUUUCACUUGACCGGAGUGAUACGUCAAGGGGGAGUUAUGGCAAGUUAAGAUCAAACUUUUUGAGAACGAAAUUUACUGUCUAUGAUGCACAUCCAUCUCAUGCUGGAGCUAUGGUUUCAAAGAGAUGGUCUGCUGGGAACUAUCGAGUUUCCCACGUUCAUUACGAAUUGAACGUUUUGGGAUCUAGGGGCCCAAGAAGGAUGCGAUGUGUUAUGGAUUCCAUCCCUGCAUCAGCAAUUGAACAAGGCGGAACAGCUCCAACGCAGACUGGAUUUCCUUUCAGUAACGACAACUCUUCUGCAUCAAUCCCAUUCUUCAAGUCUAAAUCAUCUCGAAUGGACAGUUUCACCGCUCCAUUAUCCACUCAAGAUCAAGAGGAACGUCAGUUAGUGCUGAAGAACAAGUCUCCCAGGUGGCAUGAACAUCUGCAGUGUUGGUGCCUCAACUUCCAUGGACGGGUGACAGUUGCAUCAGUGAAAAACUUUCAGCUGGUGGCUACUGAUGAGAGUGCUCCAACUAACCAGGAGCAUGACGACACCACCCUCCAAUUUGGUAAGAUAGGGAAGGACCUGUUCACCAUGGACUACCGUUACCCGCUAUCGGCGUUUCAGGCAUUUGCAAUCUGCCUGAGCAGCUUCGACACCAAAUUAGCAUGCGAAUGAGACAGAGGUGCUAAUCUAAGGUUCCUUUUUUUUAGUCUUCAGUCAUGCCAAUUUGAUGAUGAUGAAUCAUAUAUUAAUGGUGCAUCUGGAUGUUGCUUGCACUGUAUCAACUUGCUUCGAACUUCUGGAGAUCUUCGGACAUAAGAAAAGUUAGCUUCAAUCAAGCAUUUCUGCUGACUGUUAGGAUAUCUAACCACCAGAUUGGUGUUACCUACCUACCGAAUACAAGAUAUUAAACCUGACUUGGAAGUAACAUUAUAACUGCAGUUGUCGAUCAACCAGUAGGCUGUUGAAGCAAGUAACUGGAAUAAACCAGAAGUCCAUUCUAGGCACCGAGUUACCAAGAGUAGGUAAUUGGAAAGUGUUAAAUAACAUCAUAAUGUAAAUAGAAAUCUGCGUGUGGCUUGCAAUUCCUCUGUUUUUUUCUUGUUGCCAAUUAGUCCCAUUCUUUACCCCGGUUGUAUGUAUUUUGGAAAUUGCCGUUAUUCACAUUGGAAGAGAGACCAUGCUUUAGACACAAUUUCUAUCUUGCUUGCUGUAUAUUAAAGAUUAUGUUAUUAUGUGUUUUCUGUU